GCAGCGAGAGACCGACACUGUCGUCCUCGUAUAGCUCUUUCUGACUGCACAUCCUUCGGUCGGUAGACUCUGGAUUCUCGGACUCGGCAAGGUACUCUUUGUCCGCCCAGUCUUCCCUCCCCCUGCAACCCACUUUUUCCGAGUAACACCAGGCCCGGCAAGGGACAUUCGCCAAGAUGGUUAACUUCACCGUCGAUGAGAUCCGUCAAUUGAUGGACAAGCCGACGAACAUUCGUAACAUGUCGGUCAUUGCCCACGUUGACCACGGCAAGUCUACCCUGACCGACUCGCUUGUCUCCAAGGCCGGUAUCAUUGCCUCCGCCAAGGCUGGUGACAUGCGUUUUACCGACACACGUGAUGACGAGAAGGAACGUGGUAUCACCAUCAAGUCCACCGCCAUCUCCAUGUACUUCUCCAUGGAGAAGGAGGACCUGGCCAACAUCAAACAGCAGACCGAAGGCAAUGACUUCUUGAUCAAUCUCAUUGACUCGCCAGGGCACGUCGACUUUUCUUCCGAGGUCACCGCCGCCCUGCGUGUUACCGAUGGUGCUCUUGUCGUCGUCGACUGCAUUGAGGGUGUAUGCGUGCAGACCGAGACUGUCUUGCGUCAGGCCCUUGGUGAGCGUAUCAGCCCCGUCGUCUGCUUGAACAAGGUCGACCGUGCGCUUCUCGAGCUCCAGGUCUCUAAGGAGGACCUCUACCUCUCCUUCUUGAGGACCAUCGAGUCGGUCAACGUCGUCAUUGCCACCUACAACGAUCCGGUUCUCGGCGAGUCCCAGGUGUACCCCGAGAAGGGCACUGUCGCCUUCGCCUCGGGUCUCCAUGGCUGGGCCUUCACCCUCCGCCAGUUCGCCGCUCGCUACGCCAAGAAAUUCGGUGUCGACAAGGAGAAGAUGAUGGUCAAGCUCUGGGGCGACAACUUCUUCAACCCCAAGACCAAGAAGUGGACCACCAAGGCGACCGACGCCGACGGCAAGCCCCUCGAGCGCGCCUUCAACACCUUCGUUCUCGACCCCAUCUUCCGCAUUUUCGACUCGGUCAUGAACUUCAAGAAGGACGAGACCUUCAAGAUUCUCGAGAAACUCGAGAUCGCCCUCACCUCCGAAGAGAAGGAUCUCGAGGGCAAGCCGCUCCUUAAGGUCGUCAUGCGCAAGUUCCUGCCUGCCGGUGACGCUCUGCUGGAGAUGAUUGUCAUCAACCUUCCCUCGCCUAAGACUGCUCAGAGGUACCGUGUUGAGACCCUGUACGAGGGCCCCAUGGACGACGAGUCUGCCAUCGGUAUCCGUGACUGCGACGCCAACGGUCCGCUCAUGCUCUACGUCUCGAAGAUGGUCCCAACCUCUGACAAGGGCCGCUUCUACGCUUUUGGUCGUAUCUUCUCCGGUACCGUCAAGUCUGGUCCCAAGAUUCGCAUUCAGGGCCCGAACUACAAGCCCGGCAAGAAGGACGACCUGUUCGUCAAGUCCAUCCAGCGCACUGUGCUCAUGAUGGGUCGUUACAUCGAGCCCAUUGAGGACUGCCCUGCCGGUAACAUUCUCGGUCUCGUUGGUGUCGACCAGUUCCUGCUCAAGAACGGUACCCUCACUAGCUCUGAGACGGCGCACAACAUGAAAGUCAUGAAGUUCUCCGUCUCCCCGGUUGUCCAGGUUGCCGUCGAGGUCAAGAACGCCAACGACUUGCCCAAGCUGGUUGAAGGUCUCAAGCGUCUCACCAAGUCGGACCCGUGCGUCCAGGCAUGGAUCAAUGAGUCCGGAGAGCACAUUGUCGCCGGUGCCGGUGAGCUGCAUCUCGAAAUCUGCUUGAAGGAUCUCGAGGAGGACCACGCGCAGAUUCCUCUCAAGAAGUCUGACCCUGUCGUCGGAUACCGUGAGACUGUCCAGGCCACCUCUUCCAUGACCGCGCUGUCCAAGUCGCAGAACAAGCACAACCGUCUUUACGUUGAGGCCAUGCCUCUGGGUGAGGAGCUUUCCAGGGCCAUCGAGGAUGGCAAGAUCACUGCUCGUGAUGACUUCAAGGCUCGUGCACGUAUCCUCGCCGAUGAGUACGAAUGGGACGUCACCGAUGCACGUAAGAUUUGGUGCUUCGGCCCCGACACGACCGGCCCGAACCUGAUGGUUGACGUCACCAAGGGUGUUCAGUACCUCAACGAGAUCAAGGACUCGUGUGUCGCUGCCAUGCAGUGGGUGACUAAGGAAGGUGUUCUUGCCGAGGAGAACAUGCGUGGUGUUCGCUUCAACAUCAUGGAUGUCACGCUGCACACCGAUGCCAUUCACCGUGGUGGCGGACAGAUCAUUCCGACCUGCCGUCGUGUCUGCUACGCCGCGACGCUGCUCGCCCAGCCGGGUCUGCAGGAGCCGGUCUACCUGGUCGAGAUCCAGUGCCCCGAGUCUGGUCUGGGUGGUAUCUACUCUACUCUCAACAAGAGGCGAGGACAGGUCGUGCUCGAGGAGCAGCGCCCUGGUACCCCGAUGUACACCGUCAAGGCGUACCUGCCGGUCAACGAGUCGUUCGGAUUCAACGCCGCGCUCAGGCAGGCCACCGGAGGCCAGGCCUUCCCGCAAAGCGUCUUCGAUCACUGGGAGCUUAUGGGCGGUAACGCCGCCGACCCCAAGAGCAAGAUCUACGAGCUGGUCAAGACCAUCCGUACCCGCAAGGGCCUCAAGGAGGACGUGCCACCUCUGGACACUUACUACGACAAGUUGUAAGAAGGCCCCGCCAAGCGACAAGCGUCACACAGAACGGAAAGCUCCGCUUUUCUUUUUGCAUUCCUCGUACCUCUUACUCAAACCUCUACAACACCUGUACAAAAUCUCCGCUUCACGAAGCAUUUCUUUUGCCUGCUUUCCUCUG